AGAUGCCCAAUUUAAAGGCAUUAGAUCAGGAAGUAAAAUUUCUUUCAACCUAUUUGAUGAAAAUUGAUUAUAAUGUCACUUGUGAUGUUGGUUGGUUUCUCAAUUGAUGACUGCAUGUUUACUGACUUUUUAUUUUUGUGUUUUUAUGUCACUUUGAACACUUUGAACUGCCUUCUUGUUGAAAUAUACACAAAUGACUGAUAAUUGAUGGAUUGAAUCUUUUAAGUUUUAUAUGAUAUAUACAGCACUUUUACAAUAACAAUGUUGUGCUAUAAAAUGCCACUAUGUGCCUAGAAAACACAAAAUGUUUCCCUUUAAAUAGCCAGUUUUUCUUCAGAUGACCUGCAGUUCUGGCCUACCACCGCGCGGGGGCGCCUGCUGCGGUGUGUGGAGGCGGAUGAGGUUUUGUUUAUCUGAGUUUACUUCCUGUUUCUGCAGCUCAUCGCGGUAAAACGUUUCUAUCUUCUACAUCGCCUCAUUCUGCAGAAUUCUGGGCUAGGUUCUGGUUCUGACCCACUUCUCUGGAGCUCCAGGUUACCGCAGGCACGCACAGAGUCUGCUCCGAACCGGAGAACGCCCUCAGCCAUGGAGUCUGAGAACCCAGUAGUAGCAGGCGGAACCGAACCUGCAGUUGAAUCCAACGAGCAUGAUUACGCACACACCGCGGACACAACCGAACCUGAGGCAGGCGGAACGCUACAGCCCUCCGAACCCCCGCAGUUGGAGCUCCCAGAACCUGUCCUCGGUGCAGAAGUGGACUGCCCCGGAGGCACCGAACCGAACCCUCACACCGAGGACGAGCCCGCUGUGAGCUGCGCUGAGGCGGUACCGCGCGGCGGUUCGCGGCGGUCCAGACGGCCGGAGGACCGGAACUGCUGCUGCUGCAGGCUGCUGUUCCAGCGGCAGGGCCGCUCCCUGAACCGCAGGGCGGUGUACACCUUCACUACCCCGGACACCGUCCGCUGGGUCUUCCCGGACUCCGAGGUCCACGAAAAGUCCUUCCUGUGUGAAACCUGCGCCCAGAUCAUCCGAACCAAGGGCAAGCGCAAACAGAGCGGGAAGCGCUCGCUGUGGGUCAAGCCGCCCGAGGUCAGGAAGGUGAAGGUGUCGCCGGUACCGGGCCGCAGGAUGGGCAAGAAGAGCAAAGCGGCGCUGCUGGUUAGCAAGUCCAGCUACAAGGCGGCGCUGCAGAUGCUCUGGUCGUCCAAAGGCGCCCGGAAGCCCAUGCUGGAGUUCUGGAGCAAGCAGCUGCGGACCGAGAUGAAGGUUCUGGCCCGGCGGACGGACAGUCCCUUCCAGCAGAAGGUGUCGGACCGGAAGCCGCUGUCGUCCUUCCCGUGGCGGCACUGCCUGGGCUGGGCCCAGCAGAACGCGCCGCUGGUCACCGCCUGUCUGCGCGCCAUGUUCCCCGACAUCAACACACUGUACCGGAGCAGCCACCAGCUGACGGAGGAUCAGGCCAUCACGCUGCUGGAGCGCCGCGCUGUGGUGGCGCUCGCCAUCCCGCUUUUCACCAGGAACAUCUGGAGGAACAACUUCCUGCAGGCGGCGCUGGGGGCGGAGCUCCGGCUGCAGGGCUGCACUGGCUCCGUCCUGGACGCGCUCAACACCAUGGGGCUGUGCCAGAACAAGGACACGGUCCGGUUGCUGGUGCACCGGCUGUGCAACGGCAAAGACCUGGACGGGGACCCGGGUCUGAUCCUGAAACACGAGCAGAUCAAGGAUGAAAUGGAGGAAGAGACAACAGACGAGGAAGAGGAGCAGGAGGAGGAGGAGGAUGAAGAGGAAGAUGAGGAAGAGGAGCAGGAGGAGGAGAUGGUGAUGGCAGUGGAGGAGGAAGUGGAGCAGGAAGAAGUUCAGGAUGGACUGCAGGAGGAAGAGGAGGAUGUGGCUUUGAUAGAGAAAGAGGAGCGGAGGAGGAGGAAGAGGGCGAGGAAGAUGAGGAGGGAGAAGAGGAAGGAGCGGCGGGGCGAGCGAAAGGAGAGAGAGGAGGAAGAGGAGGACGAGGAGGAGGAUGAAGAGGAGCUGGAGCAGAAGAAGAAGAAGGUGGUGGUGGUCCGGCUGGGCCUGCUGAAGGGAACCUCAGAGGUGGGACGAUCCGACCUAUCAGCUCCCUAGCACAUGCUAAGCCCCGCCCACAAACCCAACCUGGAGGGGCAGAGGCCCCGCCCACUUAGUAAUUAAAAGGAAUUCUGGGAACUGUAGUCCAGCAGCUGGAGGGAAAACUGAGAGGGGCCCUGAUGAUGGUCUCCUUCCUCUACCUGAAGAAGCCUCUGGUCCUUCCUGAGGUCAGAGGUCAGCUGGUGAAUGUUUACAGUUCUAACGUCUGUAACUUUUUAUGAGGACAAUAAAGUGAUGUGUGUUGA